AUGGGCCCUGAUGCAUUUCUUCAAUUGUGUGAAAAAUUAAGAGCAACACGUCAACUGAGGGAUACAAAACAUGUUACAGUAGAGGAGCAAGUUGCUAGGUUCUUGUAUAUAGUAGCUCAUAAUGUGAAAACUAGAACCGUUUCUUUUUUCUACCACCGGUCUGGAGAAACUGUUAGCCGCCACUUCCAUGCUGUGUUACGAGCAGUUAUUUUACUAGAAGAUGAAUUUCUUCGACAAACAUCUGCAUCCAUUAUAUCUCCGGCGAUCCUUCACAGUCAUAGAUUUUAUCCUUAUUUUAAGGACUGUAUUAGAGCUAUAGAUGGAACACAUUUUCGUGUCAAAGUACCCAUAGCGGACCAACCUAAAUUUCGAGGGAGAAAAGAUUGGCCGACACAGAAUGUAUUAGCUGCAUGUGAUUUUGAUAUAAAGUUCACCUACGUAUUAACGGGUUCGGAAGGAACAGCAUCUGACUCAAAAGUUCUUAAGAAUGCAUUAUCGAGGGAUGAUAAUCUUAAACUUCCACGAGAAAAAUUUUACCUUGGGGAUGCUGGAUUUAUGCUUAAGCAUGGAUUAAUUACCCCAUAUCGAAGUGUAAGGUAUCACUUAAAAGAGUAUGCAAAAUAUGGCCCAGAAAAUGAAAAGGAAUUAUUUAAUCUUCGUCAUGCUUCAUUGAGAAAUGUUAUCGAAAGGUCAUUUGGAAUUUUAAAGAAAAUAUUUGCAAUAAUCACAAGUGGCACUGAACCACAUUAUGACUUUGAAACUAUGACGGAAAUUGUGCUAGCUUGUUGCAUAUUACAUAACUUUUUAAUGGGUGUAGAUCCUGAUCCACAUCUCAUAGCUCAAGUUGACCGAGAACUACAAGAAAAUAAUCCAGAAGAGGAUGAAGUCGUCCGACAUGAACAAGAUGAAGACUAUAGGCGGGGUGCCAUACUAAGGGAUGAAAUAGCUGCUCAAAUGUGGGCUGACUAUCAACUAGGGAUCUGA